AUGGCCAAGUUAGUCUCGACCGAAAGAGGUAGCGAAAAGACUAAAUUAAGUGCGGAGGGGUCAGCGCAGGUGUGCAUCCAGAAUCCAGGAGACGGCGAAAGCCUACUUUUAUCUAAAACAAAAUCACCGCGCAACCAAGACGUUUCGGCGUGAUGGGUAAGUUAUAAGACCAAUUAGUUGAACAGAUAACAAUCGGCUGGCCACUUUAGGUGUCCGGCCGGCUCAUUUAAGGUAAACUGCGUGACGGAGGCCGGUACUGAUUGGGGAGGGUGGCGGGAAAAGUAGGGGUAUAGUACCACUGUGUGUAGGUUAAAAACCUGGCAUCUUUUGAGAGCUGCCGUCUAUAAGUUUGUAGAACUAUGUUGUUUUCUUUUCAGAGACAAUUCCCAAUCGCAGAAGAAUGGCGAUGAAGGCCAGGAUUUGGUACAUUCUGGAGAGAAUGGCCCUGUGGAUCCUGGUUUGUUGGAGGGAGAAGAGGCUGAAAAUGGUGGAGCCGUUGCGUUGGGUCAAGAGGAAGAGUUUGGUCGCCGCAUGAUGCCAGUCCAAUUACCGGAACUACAAAUCGAGGGUAAGUGGUUACAACACUUUUCGCAAAUCUAUCGCUGUUAAGUAACUACUGCUGUUAAACCAAAAUUUGUUUUGCUUUUUUUUGAAUUUUUGAAUUUUGGAGGCCUAAAAGAUCGCAGACGUAACUACAAAUCAUGUUAUAGGUCGCCUUUCCAAUGAGCGGUUACAACGUAACUAUGUAAAACAAUAUGAUGAACAAGUUCCACCAGUUGACAGAAUUCACAGAGAACGCGCCAGAUGGUCCCAUGCAACCCAACGCUGUCAUUACCGCUGUUGCGAUGUAUGGUUGAGACUGAAGAAUAGAACCGAGGAUCGUGUAAUGAAAUCUUCGGAGUACAUCGAGUUGAUCCUAGACCCCGACACCGAUUGGACCACUUGGGGUGGCGAGGCCGUCCGCUGA